GCGUGGAGCACCAAGCAUCCAUCAUGUCCGACUGGGUGCUCCUUGGGCUGAUCGCGGCGCUGGUCGUGCUGCUGCUGCUGACCGUCUUCGGUUUCGCUGUCUACUCGGGGCUCUUCACGGAGGUGGUUGUGAGCGCUGGCUCCCCGCCUGUCGGCAACAUCACGCUGGCCUACAAGUUCAGGGUGGGCCCGUAUGGCGAAUCCGGGCAGCUCUUCACGGACGGCUGCAGCAUCUCUUCAAAGCUCUGCUCCAUCGGUGUCUACUAUGACAACCCUCACACGGUGUCUCCGGAGAAGUGCCGCUUCGCCAUAGGCCGAAUCCUGAGCGAGGGAGAUGCACAGCCGUCAGAAGAGCAGAUCAAGCGGUUCCAGAAGUAUGGCUUCAAGAUCUUCUCCUUCCCUGCUCCCAGCCACGUGGUCAUGGCGACCUUCCCGUUCACUACGCCGAUGUCCAUCCAUCUAGCAGUCAACCGUGUCCACCCAGCCCUUGACACCUACAUCAAGGAGAGGAAGCUGUGCGCCCACCCCCGGAUCGAGAUCUACAAGGAGGACCGCAUCUACUUCGUGUGUCCCCUCGCCCGCCAAGGGGACUUCUACGUGCCUGAAAUGAAAGAACUGGAGAGGAAGAGCAGGGCUGCCGCAGCUGAUGCUGAGGAUGCCCAGACAGAUAUCACAGGGGUCGACACCAUGAGUGAGACAAGCUCCAUCAGCAUGGAGGUCACAACCGACAGCAGAGACACCUCGGUGGCCACCUCCAUCCUGCUGCCGUUCCCAGCCAGCCGUGGCCGGGAGGAGGGGGACAACCGCAGCGAGCACAGCUACAGCGAGUCGGGAGCCAGUGGCUCCUCCUUUGAGGAGCUGGACCUGGAGGUCACCGGGGACGGGGAGGGAGCCCCAGGCCUGCUGCCCGACGUGGGCUAUGCGGGCAAUCAGGAGGUGACAGACAAGUGGACCAAGGAGCCCAUUGCUGCUGAGAGAGGAGAAGAGUGAAGCGGAGACCUGGCUGCCUCGCCUCCCGC